AUGAGACUGCAAUUUGUACUUCUUCAGGCCCUGGCCCUUUUUCUAUGCUAUACCCAGUUGGUAUUCGUCGAUGCCAGCCACCAACUGGUUGAACAGCUAGACAAGGCACCGGAUGGCUGGUCAAGAGGGGAUAAACCGCCGGCCUCUAAAUUUAUAAAAUUCCGACUAGCCAUUGCCCAGCACAACGCCAGAGGGUUCGAGCAAAAGGUCAUCGAAUUGUCAACCCCGGAUCACCCGAGCUAUGGUCAACAUAUGAGUAGGGACGAAGUGAAGCAAUUCUUGACUCCCCAUCCUACCAUUUCAGACAAGAUUAUUGCAUGGCUGCAAUCAGAAAAUGUCCCAGCCAAUUCUAUCAACUUAGAUGGCCAUUGGAUCUCAUUCACACUUCAAAUUUCCCAGGCUGAGCGGAUGCUGAAGACGCAGUUUUUCUAUUUUUACCAACAAGGCCAGCAAAGCCCAGCAAUUCGAACUCUUGGCUAUUCUGUACCCAGGGCCUUACAUCCCCAUAUUCAAUUGAUUCAGCCUACAACUCUAUUCGGAAACCUCGUGCCUCAAAUAAGCUCCGUUUUAAAACCGAAGAUAGCGACUUCCGAGCAGCUAGCCGCUGGAUGCGAUGUUACUAUCACACCAGCCUGCCUUCGGGACCUGUACAAAAUUGAUAACACGACCACCAGACCCGAUUGGCGGAAUCGACUGGGGAUAUCUGGUUUCCUGGAACAAUAUGCUCGCCACGCUGAUUUCGACGAGUUCUUGAGUCGUUACGCCCAAAGCCACACAGACGCGAACUUCAGUGUCGUCUCGAUCAACGGCGGCCAGGAUGAUCAACACUCCAUGUCUGAUAGUGUCGAAGCAAACCUAGAUGUACAGUACUCUAUUCCGCUGGUGGAUGAAGUGCUAGCAACAUUUUAUAGCACUGGAGGUCGCGGUCCUGUUGUCCCCGAAAUAACUCAUCCAGACCCUACCGAGUCAUCAAACGAGCCAUAUCUUGAACAGCUCCAUUACCUCUUGGAUCUCCCAGACGAAGAGCUCCCGGCAGUGUUGUCCAACUCGUACGGAGAAAACGAGCAGAGUCUCCCACUGUCAUAUUUAAACGCAACCUGCAGCCUAUUUGCCCAGCUCGGUGCUCGGGGUGUAUCGAUACUUUUCGGUAGCGGGGAUGCUGGUCCGGGAAGUUCUUGUGUGAAAAAUGACGGGACAAAUCAAACUAGAUUCCUUCCCGGAUAUCCGGCUUCUUGUCCAUUUGUUACCGCCGUGGGUGGAACGUACGGCAUCAACCCCGAAAAGGCGGUUUCCUUCUCUGCGGGCGGCUUUUCAGAGGCAGUGAAAGGCUACCUCGGUCAUCUUGGAAAUCAAUGGAAUGGACUGUACAAUGCUACGGGAAGAGGGUAUCCCGACAUAUCAGCCCAAGCCGCGAACUUCAUUGUUCGGGAUCAGGGCGAGUGGAUCUCGGUUGGCGGCACAAGUGCUUCAACGCCAGUGCUUGCAGGGGUAAUAUCUCGGCUCAACGCUGCGCGUAUUGCCCAGGGUAAGCCUCGAAUGGGCUUCCUAAACCCAUGGUUGUAUAGUCACUGCCAAACAGGGUUCACGGAUAUUGUUCUAGGCAGCUCCUUGGGCUGUAAGCGGAACCCUAGCGAUGCUCGGGUACGGAAUGCGAGCUGGGAUGCCACCGAAGGCUGGGAUCCGGUGACAGGGCUAGGCACGCCCUUAUUCCCUACACUUGUGAAAUUGGCAUUGUCAGAUGGUCAGGCCUAG